CAAGAAAUUCAUUGAUAGCCGGAAACCCCUGAACCUUCACCUAUCCGUUGUGCUAAAUUGGUGAAUCGCCGCCGGUGGAUUAGCAAUAAAAUGGCGUUAGGGUUGAUAAUGGGGAUCGGAAGGGCAUUCCGGAGGAAGAGAACGUCGUCGUUGGACAUUCUUUCGUCGAAGCGAGCUCCUCGUGAUUAUUACAAGGGCAAGAAUUGCAAGCCUACUGGUUUUCACACUCGCAAAGGUGGCUACGUAAUUGUGCCUGAGAAAUUGCCAAACUACAUUGUACCGGAUUUGACCGACUUCCAGCUGAAGCCUUAUGUUUCUCAGUGUCCAAUACAAGUUAAAACAACUGAAGCUUCUGAAGCAGCUAAAUAAAUUAUGGAGUGGGAAUAAAUGUUCAAUCUCCUACUUUGUUCUCCAGCUGCCAUUUUGUUGAAUUGUAGAUCAAUAAAUUUUCAUAUUGUAUGCCAAUCAUGUUAAUUGUUGUAAUAUUGACAAUGAAAGAGCAAAUCAAAUCUGUUUCAGAAACAUAUUGCAAGCCAGUGAGGUAGUGUGCGGUUUCAGAUUUUAAAUGACAUGUUUCGGAUUCACUA